CUUCCCGAGAAAUACUUCAACAUCUCAAGAAAAAAUAUUUUUCGUGUUUCCAAGAAAAACGGUAUAAGUUCGAGUUCGUUUAUAUCAGCAUUUGCUUGCAUUCGAUUUUCCCGAAAUUGUCGUAGAAACGCGGUGUGUAUUUUGGAACGUCCCGAUGUGCAUUUUGAAACGACUCUCUUGUAUCGCUCACUCUUGUCUUGUGUAGGCGGGCGCCAUGUUACACUGGAGGCGAUAAUCCAAGAUGGCGGCUGAGUGAAAUUGUGUUGAGUGAAUCUCCUGAAAACACUAGCGAUUUGUAGUGUCUAAUCAAAUCGUGUAGUGUGUAAAUUGGGCUUAUAUUGUUUUUGACGUGUCAUUGGAUUUAUACGCAAAAUUCUUCGUUGGAUUAACUAGUCAUGGAUUCCAAAGCUGCUGUGAUACUCAUCUUGGGCGCCCUCGCCGCCGCCGCAAGCGCACAGCUCAUUCAACGCCCAAGUAAGGAGGCGACCAUCAAAAACGUGCGAAUCCUCUGCAACAGCAAUGACAUCGUCGUAUCGAUCGAAACUUCCGAAAACUUCAACGGCAUGAUCUACCCGAAGGGACUCUCGAAAAACUCCUCGUGCAUGGUAGAGUUUAGGGACCAGAUAAGCCCUGUGCUGUAUAAGCUGCCCCUGAAGUCAUGCAGUACCAUGAGCUCCGAGAUGGAGGAUGGUAUCGAGUACUUCAACACAGUGGUAGUACAACCACAUAGGAAGCUGGUAACCAAUCAGGGCCGUGGUUACCACAUCCGCUGCAAAUACCAAACGCAGGAGAAGACUGUUACCAACGCCUUCAAUGUCAGCGGCGAUUUCGUCACGGAUGUCGAAUGGAAGGCGCCCAACGGAUCAAGCUUCAUUGGUACGACGCCGCUCACUGCUACGGCGCCUAUGCCAGGUUGCUACAUGCGGAUCUUCGCCGGAACUCCUGACGACAAAAAGGUCGCAGAGAACGUGCGCAUCGGCGACCCAUUGACCAUGGAGAUAUCCCUUGACGACCAGGAAAUUUACGGCAUGAAAGUUACCGACUGUCUUGUCCGCGACGGACUAGGGUGGGGAGAGCAAAUGCUUAUCAACGAAGAAGGCUGCCCUGUCGACUACGAAAUUUUGGGAGGCUUUGAGUAUGAAUCAACCAAGACGAAAGCCAUCGUCCGUUUCCAGGCCCACAAGUUCCCGUACACCUCGUCUGUCUACUACCAGUGCAACGUCAAGCUGUGUAUUAAGAACGCGGGAGGCUGCGAUGAUGUGCCGCCCGUGUGUGUGGAGGGACAGAACGUACUGAGGCGUCGCCGCAGGGACGUGUCGGAGGUCGACGGCAACGGUACCCUGAAGGAAGUGGAGGCCGAGGUAGACGAGAACCUCACCAUUGAAGUCUUCACUGGGCUCUACGUCAACGAGGAUGAUGACAUCCCAGAUCCCGAGCAAGAGAUCCUGACCCCCAUUAAGGAAGAACUAGAGGACGACCCCAACACCUUCUGCCUUUCCCCAAGGACUUUCGCAAUCGGCAUCGCAAUCGCCGGCCUCCUCCUGAUGGUGGCCGUCAUUGCUGCCAUUCUCAUCCUGAUCUCCCGCCGACGUAGAAGGAAGGAGGACUCAACCACCGGAUCUUCCAUUUACUCGAGCCCUUACACCAACACGGCCUACAGCCACUCGUCAUAGGGCACAUGAGGAUGGAACUAUGGGGCAGAUCAGACAUAAGGACGAGAAGAAAAGGGUCAAGGAAAAAAAAACGUAGGACAUGGAAAUGCGUAUGACAAAGAGGAGCUCCAAGGAGGACUAGCUUUGCUGCACGAAAGAUUUUUCUUGUCUUGUGACAUGGCGCUUUUCCAUUUCAUUUAUAUCUGUGUUCAGUGAUAGAUAACUUAAUUUAAGUCUUUUUAUUCAUCGACUCAGAUAGUGCGUGAUGCUCGGUGGAUAAUCAGUGAAACUGCUUUGAAAACGGAGUAACUGUAGCGAAUCUCAUGAAGGUGAUCGUAUUGGUGCAAAAACAAAAGGCGAACGUCAUUCAUAUGCCUCAGAGUGCUAAGGCAGCUUUCACAUUAAACCUAUAUAUAUAUAUAUAUAUAUAUAUAUAUAUAUAUAUAUAUAUAUAUAUAUAUAUAUAUAUAUAUAUAUAUAUAUAUAUAUAUAUAUAUAUGUAUGUAUGUAUUAGAGAAAUACUCAAUGGUUUACUGAAUUGCAAUAACUGAAUAGCCUUUAGAAGGUAUUGUUUAAAAUGGUGCUCCGGUAUUAACGGAUUUACGAUAGAUGCUAAUGAAAAAAAAUAUAGCUUUACACAAUGACUUACCAUUUAUUAGAUUUUUUUUACUAAACAUAUCGUUUAAUGACAGCUUUUGUGCCCAUUUCCAUGAUCUAGGUUUGUCAUAUUUUUUUUAAUGAAAUCUUAUAUAGUUGAACUUACUAACCGGUUGUGAAUCUGGUGUUGUAGGGGAUGAGGGGAAACAAAAGAAGGAAAAGAGCGGCGUAAAAAGGCUAGGCUGUGUCCCUGAUUUUUUUUCGAGAGUCCUGUGGGCUAAGUCGUCCAAUUGCGACAAUUUUUCUUUGUAAAAUCAUUUGGUUUCACAGAUUCAGUUGAAUUCUCAAAGGUUGUGAUAUAUUUGUGAAAGAUUUCUCUGUAUGUUCGCAUUCAAGGCCAUGCAAAAGGUCAGUGAGGUCGUGGGAGUUUAAGUGAAGCCUUUUAAUUUAAAAGUCAGACCUCGUAUCCUACUUUAUGAAAUGCCCAGUCCCUUCAUACGCAGCCUAGCGCUACCCCAGCAUCAUCAGGUAAAAGACACUUGAAUGUGGCUUCAUGAUGAUGACAGUGCACCCAUUCCGGUUCUGUUUCUAUGGUGGGGUUUCCCCGCUCGUUUUCUUUUUAGUAAAAGUCUCCCCUCUCUUCUCACCCUACUUAUCAUACUCCGUCCACAAGGGUAACUUUAAUAUGUGCAUGUGUAUGAUUUUUUUUUUUUUAGUAUUAGGGCGACUGCGGCAAAAGUGAC